AUGAACAGACAAGUCUGCAAGACGUCGGGGGGCCGCAGCCAGGGCUUCUCUGGCCGCUCUGCCGUGGUCUCCGGCAGCAGCAGGAUGAGCUGCGUGGCUCGCUCUGGGGGAGCCAGUGGAGGGGCCUGUGGCUUCCAGAGUGGAGGUGGUGGCUUUGGAAGCCACAGCCUCUACAACCUGGGUGGCAACAAGAGCAUCUGCAUGAGUGUCGCAGCUGGUGGCUCCCGGGCUGGUGGCUAUGGUGGAGGACGUAGCCUCUGUGGAGGUGGCUAUGGAGGUGGCUAUGGGGGUGGCUAUGGAGGUGGCUAUGGAGGUGGCUAUGGAGGUGGCUAUGGGGGUGGCUAUGGAGCUGGCUUUGGGGGUGGCAUUGGGGGUGGUUUUGGUGGUGGCAGAGGACUAGGAGGUGGCUUCGGUGGUCCUGGUGGCUUUGGCCCUGGUGGCUUUCCUGGAGGCAUCCAAGAAGUGACUGUCAACCAGAGCCUCCUGCAGCCCCUCAAUGUGGAAAUCGACCCCCAGAUCGGGCAAGUCAAGACCCAGGAGCGGGAGCAGAUCAAGACUCUCAAUAACAAGUUUGCCUCCUUCAUUGACAAGGUGCGGUUCUUGGAGCAACAGAACAAGGUCUUGGAGACCAAAUGGACCCUCCUCCAGCAGCAGGGCACCAAUUCCAUCACAGGCACCAACUCUCUCGAGCCCUUUUUCGAGAGUUACAUCAGCUCCCUCCGGACCCGCCACGAUGCCAUCAUCGGGGAGAGAGGCCGCUUAGACUCCGAGCUGAGGAGCAUGCAGGACCUUGUAGAGGACUACAAGAAGAAAUAUGAGGAUGAAAUCAACAAACGUACCACAGCCGAGAAUGAAUUUGUAACCCUGAAGAAGGAUGUGGAUGCUGCUUACAUGACCAAAGUGGACCUUCAGGCCAAGGCGGAUGCCCUGCUGGAUGAGAUCAACUUCAUGACCACCCUGUAUGACGCGGAACUGUCUCAGAUGCAAAGACACAUCAGCGACACCUCGGUGGUGCUGUCCAUGGACAACAACCGCAGCCUGGACCUGGACAGCAUCAUCGCCGAGGUCAAGGCCCAGUACGAGGACAUCGCUCAGAGGAGCAAGGCUGAGGCCGAGGGCCUGUACCAGACCAAGCUUGGGGAGCUGCAGACCACGGCCGGCAGGCACGGCGAUGACCUGAGAAACACCAAGAGCGAGAUCAUGGAGCUCAACAGGAUGAUCCAGAGGCUGCGGGCCGAGAUCGAGAACGUCAAGAAGCAGAACGCUAACCUCCAGGCAGCCAUUGGGGAAGCCGAGCAGCGCGGGGAGCUGGCCCUCAAGGACGCCAAUGCCAAGCUCCAGGACCUGCAGGACGCCCUGCAGAAGGCCAAGGAUGACCUGGCCCGGCUGCUGCGGGACUACCAGGAGCUGAUGAACGUCAAGCUGGCCCUGGACGUGGAGAUCGCCACCUACAGGAAGCUGCUGGAGGGCGAGGAGUGCAGGAUAUCUGGAGAGUGCCAGAGUGCUGUGAGCAUCUCCGUGGUCAGCAGCGGCAGCACGACCUCAGCGUCCGCCGGCGGCUACGGCGGCGGCUACGGCGGCGGAUUCGGGGGCGGCAGCGGAUUCGGAGGCGGCAGCGGCUUCGGGGGCGGCAGCGGAUUCGGGGGUGGCAGCGGCUUUGGAAGCGGCAGCGGCUUUGGCUCUGGCUCCGGGGGUCUCGCUGGAGUCAGCGGCGGAGGCUUCAGCACCGGCAGCAACCGGGGCGGCAGCAUUAAAUUCUCUUCCUCCUCCUCCUCCUCCCAGCGCCGAUCCUGA